AUGUCCUCGGCCUCAGACCCGCUUGACUGGAGCGUCGAAGAUAUCGUCGAUGCGCUGUGCAGGUCCAGAGGCUGGUGGAUUCAAGGGCGGCCAAAUUCGCCCAUGCCAGAUCCAGUCCCACUCGAAAAGCACCUACGGGAGGAAGAGGUAGAUGGCUUUGCGCUUCUCACCUAUUUCACUUCCGAGCAGAGAUUAAAGGAUGGACUCGGCAUCAAGACCAUCGGUAGAGUUUCAGCUCUUUGCUGGGCGAUUGACAAGCUCCGCGAACAGUCUCCAAAGUACGCUGAGCACCUAGCAACCCAAACAGCCCUUUCAGCUCCCCAAUCAAUGGCGCAAAGCAUGGCUGGAUCUUCUACGUAUGGUCGCCCUGUUGGUGGUUGGCUUGGCAGCUUGCCUCCGCCCUCUGAGCAUGUCCGCACAGGUUUGGCAACCCCAACCCACGAGGGCGUGCUGCCUACAGUACUUGAAGCUGAAGAGGAAAUGAAUGGGGAAGCUACCGUACCCGUGGAUCAAAUUGUUGGACCCGUAGACCCAGCGACAAUGACCGCCAAGCGCCCUGGAGAGACCCUCAUCCAAGAUGCCAGUGGGAGAAAGAAACGCAAACUUACCUUAACUGCGGUCUCCACUGCAUCCAAAAAGCCAGACUCCGUGCAACCCGAACCACGUCUUUCUCGAUCAACUCAGAAAAGCCUUCCUGUGGAUGAAAUAUUCUACGGCGAUACCUCCUUCGGCCAGACUCUUGAAGAUGACGACGAUAUGGACUUUCAGCACUAUGGCGAAGCCCAUCAUUUUCUUGGACCAUACGUAUACCGCCAGUACCUUCACUACAUUCGCAAUCCUGACCGCAGAGAGCUUUUGCAAGGCAACGGCAAGAUCUCAAUUUCUCUUCAACCAUAUCGAUCGGCUAUUGUGCCUGACAAUAGACCCCGAUCCGUCACCGUAUUCGAGCACACUGACAAUGGAAUCAAAGCUACGAGGCAGGAUGCAUUGCGAGUGCAAAGAAACGCCAUGUUCGACAGCAGCCUUCCAUACCACGAUGACGAGAAUGAGGAAAACAGUGGAUGGUAUGGCUUGGCUGAGAAAUGGGCGCUUGGUGACGACAAGGUUCUCCCGCCCUUGGGAGAAUCCGAUGAUGAAGAGUACAACUCCUCAUAUGAGGCGGAGCUGGACGCAGAGGAAAGGGAGCGAACACUGCAGCAAUCGAAGCAGGCGCAGCUAAGCAAGGAAGAGGUCUCAACAAUUAUUCAGGAGAGAAUUCACGACCUAGUCGAGAUUUGGAAGCAAAAGAAGCUGCCCCUGCGCCAGCGCACGGCAAAAACAACCUGGCGAAAAGCACGGCGGCCUGGUGAGAGACGUUUGCUUCGUAUGGCUGCAGCAGAUGAAGUCAGGAUGAUCGAUCGUCGCCUGGACAAAUUGAAAGAAGCAAUGAUGGACGAGGUGUGGCAUAAGAGGGAAGAAGUCAUUCGUCAGUGCGCUACUUUGGAGGAGAGCGUAUCACAGAGAGAAGAAAAGUUGUGGCGGAUAUCUAUAUGGGACUUAAAGGUCGAGCCGGUCGGUGCCACAACAAUCCCGCGACAAAAUCAGAGGAGGCCAAUCGAAAGCCAUCGCCGCAGCCACAACUCUGAAGAGGAUGGUGACUCGGUGGAUAGCGAGUCCGAGCUGGACUCUGACGGCCUUGAAGAUUUCGUGGAGCGUGAUGAGGAUUCCAUGGGCAUCUCGCAUGAGCAGCAGCCUGAAGCCUUGAGAGGAGAUGAUGGAAUGUCUUUUGAAAUGGACUCAGCCAGUAUGGCAGAUGCUUCGGAUGAAUAUGGCAGUGUUGGAACAACAGCUGCCGAGGACACUGAUUUCGAUCUCGUCGAUGCCCCCCUUGCUACAACAGCCGACUCACUGCCAGCCACGCCGAACCGCUUGCGGAUACAUGAACCCGAAGCUGCCCCCAGAUCUACACAUUCGGUCAUUGACCUGACUGCUCUUUCGGACAGUCCUGCAUCUCUCAACUCGUCGCCUGUUCCAAGGCCCUCCUUCUCAAGGCCCUCAGUUGUGCCUGGUUCACUGAUCAAUACGAGCCAGAUUGGACCGGAAAACUCCACCAUUGCCGAAAUUACGGCCUGGGAUAUUGGAACCCUGGAAGAGCGCAGCGACAAGAAAAGGCUGGUGCUAAAGAUUCUUCGCACAAGCAUUGAAGGAAAAGACUAUGCGCAGAUGCGUCAAUACGUUAUGGAUGUGACGCGUAAAGAGUUACAUGAUCAAAUGUGGAAGGCUAUGGGAUGUUUCUGCCGCGGCAAGGUAUUGCAGGGGGUCACGGAAAGAGAAUGGAAUGGUCUCGUCAAGUUUGCGAGGCUCUACGCUUGCUGGAGUAAGGGACUCUUCAAGCACUGGUCACGUCCACCUGACAAAAUUGCCGAGGUCCUUCACAAGAUCGUCGCGAAAUUGGACACGCAGACAUCCAAGCGUGAUCUCGCGGAUUUCCUCGACUUUGUCAUCAAGGUUCUUAGGAGAUUCCCACUGCCUUCUUCCGAUUCUGUCUCGCCCAAACUCACAUCAGAAGAGGAAGACGAGCCAGAAGCAGGCAACACCCCUCAUAAAAAGCGGAAGAAUGCUGUCCAACAGAGUGCUUCAGCAAUCAAACUGCGCAAAAGCGCGCAAAAACGCGCUGAGGCUCAGGUUGAGAUGGAGAGAGCGUUCAAAGAGCGUGCCAUCGCUUCCCAAUCACAGACCGAUCGUCUCAUUGUUAACCCAGGCGAAUUUGGCACAGAGGGGGCCAUUCACAUCAACCCAUCCAUCGGGUCAAGGAUAAAACCCCAUCAGAUCGAAGGCGUCAAAUUUAUGUGGCGCGAACUUGUUGAAGCAGGACAUACUGAUGCUCAAGGCUGCCUUCUUGCCCACACCAUGGGUCUCGGCAAGACUAUGCAAGUGAUCACUCUCCUUGUGACGAUCGCCGAAGCCGCAGUUUCUCCUCAUGAACACAUACAAGCACAGAUCCCUCCAGAAUUGCGUCGCAUGCAAGCCCUCGUCCUUUGCCCCGCUUCUCUAGUGAACAAUUGGGUGGAUGAACUCUACGACUGGAUUCCAAAAUCUGCCUCUAGGAAGUUCGGAAGUAUCGGGUUCAUAAAUGCUGAAGACGGGGCUCAUACACGCGUAAGAAAGAUUCUGGACUGGAAUUAUGACGGCGGGAUUCUGGUCAUUUCUUACGAGAUGUUUCGCAAUCUCUUCAGUGAAAGGCAUACUUCAAAGAUGUCUGAAGAAGAUGUGCGCGAGCUCCACGAGGCACUACUCGAGGGACCGUCCAUCAUCGUUGCUGAUGAAGCCCACAAGAUGAAGAACGUCAGCAGUUCUAUUCGACAGACUGUCGAUAGGUUCAGAUCCAAAGCAAGAGUAGCAUUGACCGGAUCGCCUUUAGCCAACAACCUUACUGAGUACUGGUCCAUGAUCGACUGGGUUUCGCCCGGGUACCUGGGGAGCCAAAAGGAAUUCAGAGCUCACUAUGUGGAACCCAUUGAGGAAGGCCUUUACAAAGAUAGCACUCCCUACGAGCAUCGCAAAGCCUUGAAGAAGCUUCGGGUCCUCAAGAAUGAAAUCGGGCCAAAGAUUAGCCGGGCAAACAUCACGGCGCUCAAGGACGACCUCAGACCGAAGGUGGAAUUUGUCAUCACGGUGCCGCUUACCACCCUACAGGAAGAGCUCUACAAGCUCUGUAUCCGGCAACUUCUGACAAAUGACAAGAAGAAGUUCACCACAACGAGGAUGUGGCAGUGGAUGUAUCUCCUCAAUACGCUGUGCAGUCAUCCAGCUUCAUUCGUGGGCAAGCUGAAGGAUGAACAGUCACGACGUGACAACAAGCAACGUACAGUCGCUGAGGAGAGUGACGCAAACGAACAGCAAGAUGUGCCACCAGAGGACCAGAGUCUACCCCUCCCAAGCUCAUUCAUUGGGCAGGCCAUGUCAAUAUUUGAUCAGGCGCAGGCCGGUGACUCCUCCCAUCAUUCAUUCAAGAUGGAUAUCCUGCUGCAAAUUGUCCGGCUUUCAAGGGCAGCUGGAGACCGAGUACUUGUUUUCUCACAACAACUCAGCUCGUUGACCUACUUGGAAACCGCACUGACCAGCAGAAACUACAGAUUCGAACGCUUGGACGGCAAAACUAAGAUGUCCAACCGACCCGCCCUCAUGGAACGCUUCAAUAGAGGCGAAUUUGACGUUUUCCUCGUCUCCACCAAGGCCGGCGGUACAGGCUUCAACUUACAAGGGGCUAACAGAGUCAUCAUCCUGGACUGUGGCUUCAAUCCCCAGCACGAAGAGCAGGCGAUAGGUAGAGCAUAUCGGAUUGGUCAGAAGAAGGAGGUCUUUGUAUACCGCAUGCUCGCCGGUGGCACUUUUGAACCCAAGAUUUGGAACACAGCCCUUUUCAAAACCCAGCUUGCGUCGAGAGUUGUCGAUAAGCAGAAUCCGGAGAGGCAUGCUGCGAAGAUAAGAGACUACUUCUUCGAACCUACACCAGUAGGGCAAGAAGACCUUGCCGAUCAUCAAGGGAAGGACGGGAAGGUCCUUGACGAUAUCCUCGCCGGACAACAUGGAGGGAAAGAUGCUGGUCUUCGUGCUAUCACCACCACGGAAACGUUGAUGACGGAAGAUCUCGAUGCUGUUCUCAAUGAACAGGAGAAUGAGGAGGUCCAGAAGAUGAUACAAGCAGAGAGACUCCGGAAGGAGAACCCACAAGCUUGGGAGCAGUAUUUGAGAGAAAACCCAUCCAUUGAUGACAGUAGGAACCACCCCAACUCAGCUGUGCAGAGAGCUCUUUUUUCACUGGCUGCUGCUCGGAAUGGCUCAGCCCCAAUACCGAGUUUCCUGCAACUCCAGUCUCAACCAACGCCAAGGCCUUACAUCGAGUUUGGCGCCGUCCCUUCGGGUACUGCACAUUCCCGGACUGGCGGUGACCAAGGGUCCUGGACUACGCCCUUUGCUGCGUUUGACAACACUCGUUCAGAGGGACUACCCUCUUCGGAUGCUGGGAUCAACAAUGCGGGCCCCUCACCCGCUAGCAUGAGACGUCCAGUGCCGCCAAAGCCACCCGCGAGAAAUCCGCUAGAUGUUCCUGCCGAAGGAGACUCGGCGACUAACCUAAGUGGUUCAACUGAACUUUUCCCAAACCAAGUAUCGAAACCACUUUCUGAGACGAGAGACGAUGUCCCAGGAAAUUUAGCCCAGCCGAAGAGUUCUAUGCCGCUGCGAGAUGACAAGCGUGUGGCUAGCCCAGAACUUGGGGAAGAUCCGCCAGUGAGACCCGGGGAUAACAACAGCGGGCCGCCCACUCCCUGGGCGAAGCCAUCUACCCCGGUCGCGAUGCGGCCUCUGUCGCUUGCUCCUCGAGUUAAGGACCAGGAAGACCCCACCAACCCAUCUAGGCCCGGUGACGGCCCCUUUCUCCACGCGUUUCUACGUCGACUUUCGAGUCCUCCACGCACUGGAGCAAAGGCUGCGGGUCACGACGAACUAACAGCUCCAUCCAAUCAAGAUGGUAAACAGCAUUCCACCGCGUCCCAACUCGAAAGGCCCUUGACUUCUCCUCCGAAAAGAGAGGUACAAAGAUCCAUUUCCUUAAGCGCCUUCAUCAGCGAUCCACCGAACAGCAAUGCUAACAGGUUGCAAUCGGCAGAUGCAGCCGAGGAACAGGUUCGCAAGACAGAUACAGAGAAGGGUUCGGGCUCAGACUCCAACCGCCAGACUGCCGGAUGGCCGAAGUGGCUCCCAGCGGCCUACGCCGCCCUCAAACACAAGAAGGCGUGA